AUGCCCAUACCCGCCGAAUCGAGACCAGAGCACAUCGAUGGCAUUCUUGCCGGUCUCGAUAGAUACAACCCCGAGACGGUCUCAACGUUCCAGGACUACGUGCAGUUCCAGUGCGAGAACCGGACGUACGAUGCGUUGGCGAAUCUGGCGCUGUUGAAGCUCUACCAGUUCAACCCCCACCUCACCAAAGAAGAGACCAUCACCAACAUCCUCGUAAAAGCGCUUACCAUCUUCCCGUCACCGGACUUCAGCCUGUGCCUCCACCUUCUGCCGCCAAACAUCCUCGACCCCAAGACGGCGACCGAUGCGCUCUCCGAGGCCGUCCGUAAGCUCGCCCAGCUGAACGAGCUGAUCGAGUCCGGCGCCUACCGCGAGUUCUGGACCGCCUUCGAAAACGAGGACCUGUUUGCCGAUCUCAUCGUCGACUGCGCCGGCUUCGAGGACAUCAUGCGUGAUGGAAUCGCCCUGCAGACAAGCAUGAUCGCCCGCGAAGUCAAGAAGGAUAUUGCCCAGGGUUGGCUUAACGUCAACGAGGACAAUCUGGCGGAGGUUGUCGGCCAAUACGGCUGGACCCUCGAGGACGACGUCGUCAAGGUCCCACUUAAUAAGGAGAACGAGGCGAAGACGACUGUGUUCCGCGAGAACGUUGCUUUUAACCAGUUCCAGAAUGUCAUCAGGCGCGGCUUCGAACAGGCGGUUUAA